GCAAAGGAAAAAAAAAAAUUCAAAUCAAUUGAAGGACACAUUCCUUAAAUAAUAUUUUUAUACAGUGAACCUUUCUCAACAAUGAUAUCAUCGAAACGAUUGUCGUCUAGUUCAAGUUGAUCGGCUUUGGACUUUUCAAGUUUUAAACCAAGGUUUUGCCAACAACGCUUAAAUGUUUACAAAAUAAUUUAAGCUUUAACAGUAGAAUAAACAAGGGCCAACAAAAUUAAAACCCUAGCCAGCGAAAAACUCUGCCAAAACGUGAAAAACUAUGCGAAAGUUCCACCGAUUCCUGGUAUGCUGCGUGGCGCUCCUGAUCCUGUACCUGGUCUAUCGGUACUCGUUCCGGUUGGAUAGUGAGGGCAAUUACCUGUUCCUGCGACGGUCCGAGGAAGAGGGAAGCAAAAGGGAACCGGACCCGUUCCUAACCAUUCUGGAAAACACUGCCACCGGUGAAGAGGGUGGGUUCGGUGCUGGGCUGCUAGAACCUCCGGAAGCCAAUCCCAAACGGCUGGUUAAUUUGACCGAUUUCCGGUAUCUGGUUUCCAAUGACAUCUGUAAGGAGAACGGAAGCUACUCGGAGCUGUUGGGAGUUAUCCUGGUAACAUCAUACGUUGGCAAUGACGCCCUUCGGUCGGCUCAUCGGCAGGCUAUUUCCCAGCAGAAGUUGAUUUCGAUGGGCCUGCUGCGGAUAUUCUCGCUGGCCAGCAUUCCGGAACGGGAACAGUUCAUCACCCAGAAAGCCAUCGAACAUGAGCAGCGUCUUUUCGGAGACUUAAUUCAGGGCGACUUCCUAGAGGCCUAUCGAAAUCUCACCUACAAGCACGUAAUGAGUCUCAAAUGGGCUACCGAGCACUGUCGACGAGCCCGAUUUGUGAUUAAAAUGGAUGAUGACAUCGUGUUCGAUCCGUUCUAUAUCCAGAACCAUUUGUCAGAUUUAGGGCAGCAAAACCACGGAAAAGAUUCCAGUGGCCGCCUUUUGGCGGGAUUCGUUUUUCACAACAAAAAGGUGAUCCGACUGAAAGCCAACAAGUGGUUCGUAUCCCGACAAGAAUUCCCCAAGGAUGUUUACCCACCGUAUCUGUCCGGAUGGUUAUACAUUACGAAUCAACGGACAGCCAGAGAGCUGGUCUUGCAAUCUGAGCAGGUACCCUUCUUCUGGAUCGACGACACAUACGUCACCGGAGUUCUGGCCGACAGAUUACAGAUCCAAUUUACCGGUCUAAACAAAUGGUACAGUGCGAAUUCGGAGUUUUUGGAUUGCUGCAUUCGGGACAUGAAGCGGCACUCGUACCAGUGCGAUUACUAUGUGGGACCAAACGGAGGAAACCUGAGGUUGAUUGCGGACUUCGUGCAGGAACUGGAACGGUGCUACGAUAAUGCAUGUUUCCAAAGGCCGAGUGCGCUUCCGUUGACCAAAACCUGCGUGGCCGAAUACAAGAAGGCCGUUUCCGGGAGGGAGCAGCAGGGAACCGCAAUCGUUAGUGCGAUGCGGCUCAAGUAAGUGGUUUCAUUGGUUUAUUUUUAUUGUACCUACCUACACACAUAUUGAUUAAGAUAUCCGUCCAAUGUUAAACGAUAAAUGUAGUUAAAGGCGGAGAAAGAUUUAAGUCGAAUGUUCGCCCUUUUUUAAACAACUCCAGAAAGUCAUUUUAAAUUAUUUUGUGGCUCAAUUUUAAGGAUGAAUUAUUGUUAACUCAAGAAUCUCUGCCAACGGCCGAACACCGAAUAUUGUCCUUUGCAACUAUUCGAUGAAACGAAUAUUCGGUCAAUAAAUCUGUCAAGUUUUAAAGAGAAAUAAAAAAAUCGAUUCUUCAAAAGCUCAACAAACUAAUUUCACUCACGCUAGGGUUAUCAUUCGCUGGAAAUUGUUUGGGCUUAUUUCAAGGCAGAACAGUAUUCUGGCAAAAUCAUAAAAUCAAUUUCUAGCUUUUAAUCGGUUUGAACAUGUUCCUUCCUUAUUUCAACUGUAUGGAUACAUUUCUAAACGCGUAUUUGAUUAAAUUAAAUUGGUAAAGAACAUAAGGAUUUUUUUAAAUUGAAGAUAGCCAAAAUCGAUAUGAACCUUCAGGAUUGACCAUCCAUCUGACUUCUGAAUGAAAAGGGAAAAAUGUUCUUUUUUGUUUAACGUUAUAAAAAAAACUACCCGAGAAAACGCAAAAAAAAACUAUGAAUGUACUGAGCCAAGUAAAAACUAAGAAAAACCAACUUUAUGUGCCAAACCCAACGUAAGACAAACCUCCAACAUUCCAUCCAUUGUAAAUAAAUAGAGGAAAGCCUUGUAUUCCAUUUUAAACGAGUAAAAAUGACGAAAACGAACACCCUUAAAUGAAGAAAAAAAAUACAAACACAUUUUAACGAUAAAAAACUAGAGUAGAUAAGUUUUAAUGAAAGAAAAACUGUUUAGGUAAUAUGAAAACUGAAAAAUAGCUACGAAUAACGUGAAAGUUCUUAAGUUUAAUUUAAUUAAUCAUGUAGUAUGAAUUUGAAUAAAAAGUAAUCUCUCGAAUAAUCUAGUAACUAAAAAAUAUUUUAAAACAUCAAACAUCAUUAGAAGCCAUUUAGAGAGAUUUCGAUUUAAAUUAUUCAAAACAGCACAAUUUUAAAUUACUUUAUUUUCGCUUUAUUUGUAUUUAAACUAGCUCUGUGAUAGGCUCGUUUGUAGAUUCAAAUUUUGUUCACUGCCACAUUAUGGAUAACUUUCAGGCUCAGAUCGUCGAAUCACAAAAUACUCUUAGUAGAUUAACGGAUAGAAUAAAAAAACCUAUCGACUGUACUUAGAAGAAGUGUCGCAAAAUAAAGCCAAGCAACUAGUGUUUAUUAAUGACCAAUAUUAUCAUGCCG